UUGCACAUCACUAGAGCCAACAUCCAAAACAAAUUUUGUUGUUUUUAUACCCAAAUCUUCAUCUGCAUAGGCUAUUUGGCAACAAUGAAUGCAAAUGCAUCGGAUGUAGGGAAACUGAAAUGCAGAACAUGCCUGGGAGAGUGCGAAGAGUGUACAAUGACUUCUCUGUUUGAAGUGGACGAGAUGGACGGCGUGGGGGAAGAUCUCAGCGACAAGUUUCAGCACUGUUGUGGAAUUAAGGUACGCAGCUCUCCUCGACUACCAGGAAAGGUGUGCAGCAAGUGUCGUGACUUCGUACAGAUGUGGUUCAGCUUUCGCCAAAUGGUUCUCAAUUCCCAAGUUUAUUUGGAGACUUGCUCGUCGGAUGGGGAGCAGACAGAGGAGUUCAAGCAAGCCAACAAAAGCGAGUUUAUAGACUAUAUGUACCAGGACCUUCAAGAAAAUUGUGGCCUUGAAAUUGAGUACCCGGAUGACAGCCCCCAGGAGGAAAUUGAGGACAUAACUGCCCAGUAUCAAGAGAUUCUCGACGGUGUUAACUAUGUCACUGACACUGGGGAGCUGGUCAACAAUGAGCAAGAAACGGGUGCCGAUGACCAAGCCAAGGCUCUGACUCCUGAACAGUUGGUUGUAAAUGUUCAGCCAUUUGAAGCUGAUGAAACCAUCGAGACCGAAUUAGUUGAGGAGUCUUUCAUGGUGAAGGAGGAUUACUGCGAUGAGGAUGAUUUUGCGGAGAGUAACACAGAGUUCCUGUCGCCCACACCAUCGCCAGAACCGAAUCCCAGCAAUGAGAGCAAACGCGGGCCAGGCAGGCCCCGCAAGCCAGACAAUGAACUGAAAUGCAAGCGCAAGAUCAAAACUCCUGGAAAACCCGCAACAGAGCUUAAACGCGCAUCCUCGAAUUUCAUGUGCAAUAUGUGUGGCAAUGUCUAUACAAAGAAGUCCUCGUUUACCUCACACAUGAUGACCCACGUGGACUACAAGCCCCACCAGUGCGAAAUCUGUGACAAAGCCUUCCGUCAGAUGGGAGAGCUGCGUGCCCACAUUCGUCGCCACACGGGCGAGCGUCCCUACAAGUGUAUGUAUUGCGAGCGACACUUUUACGACCGCAGCGAAAGGGUGCGCCACGAGCGAGUCCACACCAACACGCGCCCAUACGAGUGCAAAGAGUGCGGCAAGGCCUUUACACACACAGCCAUCCUCAAGAAUCACAGUCUGGUGCAUUCCGGCGAAAAGAACUACAAUUGCGCCGUAUGCUCCAAGUCAUUCACUCUGAUGCAUCAGCUAAAGGCACACCAACAGACGAUAGUCCACAGAACCAUGGUAGAGCAGGCCAUGGAAAAUUCCACGGUCUACACAUAUAUAGGACUAGACGCUUGUUUAUUUUAUUUUAUUGCAAAACAGUCUUGGAAGUCUUUAAACAUGCCCGAGUACAUGCUUUGUAGGAUCUGUUUAACAGAAGAUCUAAGCUUAGACGGCAUGACGCCACUAUUCGACGAUCAGAACGUGGAGUGUACAGAGCUGGUGAAGAAAAUUGAAGAAGUCGGCAGCAUCAAGCUAGCCCCACUUCAAGACAUGGUGAGCAUGCUGUGCUUUAACUGCGUGGACACCCUCUCGAUUGCGCACAAAUUCCGGGAACUGUGCCAGGCGAGCGAGCGAGCCUUUUCCGAUAAUAUUGUCAAGGCGGAGAUGAAGUGCGAACCCACUGAGGAUCCCUCGAGCCUAGAGGAGCAUAACAUUGAGUAUAUUUACGAGGCUGCCAGCGAAUUCAUUGAUGCCGAUGGCGAUAUUGAACUAGACACUAUGCUGGAAGAGCGUUUGGAGGAUGGAAUUACAGAAGCUGACGCGACAUUCGGCGACAUAGGAGUGGUGGAAGAGAUAGAUGAGAAUGACCUGCUGAUAGAAAACGGCAGCGAUAGUGACUACGAACCAAGUGAACGUUACCGCAAGCCAAAGAUUCGCAAAACGCGGCUCGCCAAACGCGGUCGUGGCAGACCACGGAACUCCACCCUGGAGAAUGGUCAGGAAAAGGCGCCUGGCAUGUGCAGGUCCAGUGAAGAGCCCACAAAUAUCAUGUGCGAAAUAUGUGGCAACAUCUACUCCAAGAGAGCAGCACUCAACAUUCACAUGCGCCGUCAUCUGGCUGAGAAGCCGUUCGAAUGCGAGAUUUGCGGUAAAACGUUUGCGGGUCCCUCGGAGCUUAAUCGUCAUAUACGAGUACACACUGGCGAGAAACCGUUCACGUGUAAAUACUGCUCCAGAUCGUUUGCGGAUCGAAGCUCCAACAUACGGCAUGAAAGAACUCAUACAAAUGAACGGCCCUUUGCCUGCUCAACUUGUGGCAAGUCCUUCUCGUACUCUAAUGUCCUGAAGAAUCACAUGUUAACUCACACGGGGGAGAAGCCCUUUUUGUGUCUGCCCUGCAACAAAACAUUUUCUCGUAAGCACCAGCUGGAGCAGCACAUCGGCACGAUGACCCACCAGCAAACCAUGAGAGCGCAUCAGACAAACGAGACCUUACGGGGGGCUUCGGAAUUAUACUAGUUUGUUAAAGAUCUAAUUAAAUGAACAUAUGAUGACUGUAAAUAAAAGUUAUAAAAUAAAAAAAUAAUUGUGUAUUAAA